CGCCGAGGCUGCGCCCCCCAGUGCCCGCGAAACAGCAGCACCAGGUCCACAUCCCAGCUCCUCGGUCUGCUGGGGGAAAAGCAUCCAGAUAUUUUGCAUGGAGGCAGAACAGAAACCACUGCAGAUGCCAGCUGCCCUCCCAGGUGGUGCGGGACAGUGAUUUCUAUGCAGAGAACCUCCUGAGGCUUUGAACUUGCUAGGGCCUGUGACUGUGUCCUUCUAAGAUGACUCUUCGAAACCUCACUCAGCCUGAAUAUCUUCCACAGCCCACUGACCCCGGUGAUGGCCUGCAGGGCUUGUUUGCUAUGAUGCAUUCUUUUCUGGGGCUAGUGCAACCCAACACUUUCCCAGAUUUCCUGCCUCGCCUGAUCAAGCGUGAGACUGAGGUUAUGAGUCCAGACUUUUACAAAGAGGUGCUCGUGUAUCAGGCAGGAUUCCUGGUUUGCAUCAUCAUUGGAAUACUCUUCAUCGUCGUCAUGCCCCUGGUGGGCUUGUGCUUCUGCUGCUGUCGCUGCUGUGGGAAUUGUGGGGGACGCAUGUACCAGAAGCAGAAGAAGCAUACUGGCUGUCAGAGAAGGGCAUUCUUUGCAUCUGUGCUGGUUAUUACUAUUAUUCUUCUGGCUGGCGAUAUCUGUGCCUAUGUCAGCAAUAACCGCCUGUCCCAGAAUGUAGAUAAAAGUUUCAGUACUUUCAACAAUACCAUGGACAACUUGCACAUCUUCUUGCACUCCAUCCCCCAGGAGGUUGAUUUCAUCAUCGACUCCAGUUCAGUGCCAAUACAACAAACCAAUGCCAGCUUGCUGGACAUUGGGAACGGUUUGGGGGGUAAGAUUGUGAACCAGCUGAGUGGACGGGCAGCCCCACUGCUGAACACAGCUGAACAGCUUUUGAAAGUGAUUGGUGUUGCAGAAGAGGAACUCCAGAAUGUCAACAAGUCAGCCAGUCGCUUGCAGAAGCUGCAGGAGGAACUGGCUGCUAACCUGACCACCCUGAGGGACAGUAUCAAUAAGACUUUGCACACCUGUGGUGAUCCUUGCCAGAAUGAUUCAGUAGAUGGACUGCCUGACAUAGCCAAUUUCAGCAUGGUUCCUGAUGUCCAGCACCCACUUGAGCUGGUAACCAAUCUGACACGCUUGAACCUCAGUGCCACCCUUGUAGAGGCAAUCAAUGUACUGAAUAAGAUACCAGAAAAGGUUUCUGAGCAAGCAAAGAAUGUGGCAUCUGAAGGACAGGCUCAACUGGAUGGCAUCAAGGAGAAGAUUGCGACAUUUCGCAGCAGUCUCCCCAUACUGGACACACUGGGGAAUGUCUCUGAGCUUCUGAGUGACAUCACCAAGAAGGCUGACACCUAUGAGCCAGACAUCAAAAUCUAUGAUGGCUAUAGGAGGAUUGUUGGCAUCUGCCUCUGCUGUCUGGUGCUCCUGAUAAUUGUACUCAAUGCAUUGGGCCUGCUGUGUGGUGCUUUUGGGCUAGACACGCGGGCACCACCCACCAAACGGGGCUGCCUCUCCAACUCUGGAGGAGACUUCCUAAUGGCGAGUGUUGGGUUCAGCUUUAUUUUUGCAUGGCUUCUGAUGCUGCUGGUCCUGCUGACCUUUUUAGUAGGGGGCAAUAUAUACACAUUGGUGUGCCGUCCCUGGGCCACUGGACAGCUCCUCCAGUUCCUAGAGACACCAGGGCUCUUCACAGAAUCCAACCUGUUGAGGUCCUUGGGACUAAAGGAUUCCAAUGCGACUCUGACCAGCCUCUACGAGGACUGCAAAAACGAUGACUCCUUGUGGAACACACUGCAGUUGGGCAAGAUGGUCUCUCUAGAUGACAUCCUCAACAUCAGCAAGUACACACAAGAUAUUGACUCCACUUUGAAUAAAUUAGACAUCAGAGUGAAUUCUACGGAGUUUCUGACAAACAACCAGAUGGAUUCCUUGAGAAACCUGGGCAAAAAGAAUGGGUCACUGAAUCUGAACUUCACCAGUGCUCUGCCACAAAACUUGACACAGAACCUGUCUGCAUUCGCUGAUCGGCUAGACAAUCUGGCAAAUAAGACAGAAGGCGAUACUAGGGAACAACUGCGAAACCAGGCCAAUAGUUUAAGAGAGAUCCAGUCGUGGGCCAAAUCGAGUUUUUCUUCUGAAAUUCAAAACCUGAACAGCAGCAUCUGGCAGUUAAACACAUCUCUGUCUCAGAUUCAGGAGCUGGUGAAUUCCACAGUGACACAAGCAGACGAUUUCAAAACAUUUAACGGAACAACGGAAGUUGUCAAGAAUGCGACCUUGAAUUUUGUACAUGAUGUGCUGGAUUAUUUUGAGGUGUAUCUGGACUGGGUCAAAGGCACUAUAACAGGAGAAGUGGCGCGCUGUGGCCCCGUAGCCGGGACAUUCGAUGCCGCAAAUACCAUUGUCUGCAGCUACAUCGUUGAUGCUUGGAAUGCUUUCUGGUUCAGUUUGGGCUGGUGCACCAUAUUCCUGCUGCCGAGUGUCAUCUUGGCAGUGCGGCUUGCCAAGUUUUACCGCAGGAUGCGCAUGGAUGAUGUUUACGAGGACAAUGGGGAAACCAUUGAAUUAUCGAGGCCGCCAAAAGCAUUCAAAAUGCCCCGGCCAGAAGUAAGGAAGUAGUGGCCCCUUUCCCACUUUUCUACCUCUGAGUGGCACUGAGGAUGACAAUGAAUUCUGCACUGCCACUGGGCCUCUCUUCCCAAUGUGGACCAUGUCGGUCGGCAUCCAGCAGCAUUUUUUUUCUUGGUCAAAACUGCAGUUCAUGGACACCAGAUUUUCUGCAAAGGACGAUAUCAUCGGCAAACACACAACCCCAGCUACUGUUACGCAAGCAUCCAGCCUAGCUGUGUUCCUAGUAUAUACUCUUGUGUACUCUACUCAUAUUUGCCAUAUUGUAAAUACUGUGGUUGCAGCCCUUGCACUUUGUUGCUACUGCAGGGCUCUUGGGACUGGUUCCUUGGACUGCAGCUUUGCUGGGGAAAGAAGAGGUCUUGCCCAUCCUUUGAUUCAGUGCCUGCAGUGCUUAUAUGUCUACAGGUGACUACAGCUUUAGGGGACUCAAGGCACUCCUGCUACAGUCACCCCAACCAGAAAUGCUGACAUGGACCUCUGAGUCAACGGCAGUAGGUUGAGGGACAAUUUUCAGUGUCAAUGCAGCUGGAUUUGUGUGACAAUUAGGAUGAUUAAUUCUGGGCUGAAGGUCUCUCGAUCUCAAUCAUUAAAGGAAACAUUCCAUUGAGCAACCCUGUCUACUGCCCUCAAUGAUUUAUUUCUAUUGAGUAGAAUACUAUA